UGGGGGCGGUGCCGUCGCGGUCUAGAGGCUGCGGGCGAGCGGCGGGCGAGCGGCGGCGGCGGCGGCGGCGACGGUGGAGUCUGUGGUCCUGGCGCGAUGGCCGCGUCGGUGUUCUGCUGCCUGCGGUGCUGCAGGGACGGCGGGACGGGACACAUCCCUCUGAAAGAGAUGCCGGCCGUGCAGCUGGACACGCAGCACAUGGGAACAGAUGUUGUCAUUGUAAAAAAUGGAAGAAGAAUAUGUGGAACAGGAGGUUGUUUAGCCAGUGCCCCUUUACAUCAAAACAAAAGCUACUUUGAAUUCAAAAUCCAGUCCACAGGAAUAUGGGGUAUUGGCGUUGCAACUCAGAAAGUUAACUUGAAUCAGAUUCCUCUUGGCCGAGAUGUGCACAGCCUGGUGAUGAGGAAUGAUGGAGCCCUCUACCACAACAACGAGGAGAAAAAUAGGCUGCCAGCAAACAGUCUUCCGCAGGAGGGAGAUGUGGUGGGUAUUACGUAUGACCAUGUAGAAUUAAAUGUAUAUUUGAAUGGAAAAAAUAUGCAUUGUCCAGCAUCAGGUAUACGAGGGACAGUGUAUCCAGUUGUUUAUGAUGACCUUACCUUCUACUUUAUAAAGAAACGGGCUGUCAAUAGUGAACUCUACCUUCCCACCCCUGCCCUCCUGAAGCUUUUCUCAAUCAAAUCCAGUCUUGCCUUUCUGUCCCAUCUUAGACGAAGAUGUAUCCUUCAUGUUAAAAACAAAACAAAACAAAACAAAACGUAUAGUCUAGAUUUCAAACUCCCCAACUCUGGGACUUCACUUUGUCAGUUAUUUCACUCAUAUCUCACGUAAAUAUUCUGAGUCAUCCUUAUCCCAAAAAACCCUUCCUAAACUCAUAGCCCUCACUAGCCCUAUGUUUACCCUUCUUUAUCUGGCUGCAGUACUAAUAGCCUUUGUUUGGAUAUAUGCAUUUAUUUCUCUUUGAUAAAUGCUGGUAAAAAGAUGUAGAAGCUGAAUAAGGUCUACAGUCUAGUUAAUAGUACUUGAUCGAUGUCAGUUUUCUGGUUUUGAUAUCGUACUUUGGUUAUGUAAGAUGUUACCACUAGGGGAAGCUGUAUGAAGAGUACAGAGAACUCUAUUAUUUUUGCAACCUUUUCUGAACCUAUAAUUUUUUCAAAUCAAUUUUUAAAAAGUAACACAUCUUAAUGUAUAAAAUUGAGAAAAUACAGGGAAGCAAAUAAGGAAAAAACUGAAAGUACUCAUUCACACUAUCUAAUUAUUAGUAAUAUUUUGAUGUAUAUCCUUUCAGUGUUUUUAAUUUUAUUUUUCAUUGUGGUUAUUUUUACCCAAUAGGAUUAUGUUUUGUAACCUGGGCAGCAGAUGUAUUUAUUCUUUCUGCCUUUUAAUAUUAUGGUAUUAUGAAAACAGUCUAUUUAUUAUAAUUAUGUAUUCUUGUGAAUUAAGGUGUUAG